CGAGGAGGACUCGACGCCAAGCGACCGAGGCGUCGCCCCCAAAGUAGGAGGCGACAUGACAGCAGACCUCGAAGAAAUGGCCAGGCGCGAGCUUGGAGAAACGCCCGAAGUGAAAGCAAAGUCUAUUGAGACGCUGCGCAGGCUCCUUUCUGAGGAGCCCUGGCUGGAGUGUCCCACGGACGAGGAGUUUUUGGUGAAGUUCCUGCGUGCCCGCAAGUACGACGUGGAGGAGGCCCUCAAGAACAUCAGAAAGUAUUUCCGAGUCAAGCAGGAGACGCGGGAGAUGUUUGACAACUUGAACCCGUAUUCGGUUCCUUUCGACUCCACAUGUCGAGAGCACCGCUUAGUCACAGUGUCCCGGCAGAGGGAUUCACUCGGAAGGGGAGUGGUGCUCUUGAGAUUAGGCGCAUGGAACAGCGGGAUGUGCUCCCUCAUCGACUACUUCCGUGUCAGCCUGGUUCAGGUCGAGUGGCUGCUCUUUCAGCAGGAUGUACAGAUCCGAGGCGUCGUGUUCGUGCUCGACUUCAAAGGUCUGAGCGUGUACCACAUUACGCAGUACACUCCGUACUUCAUGAGCAAGCUACUGUACCUGAUGCAGGACUGUUAUCCGAUUCGAGUCAAAGCCCUCUACGUAACCCACAACCCAGCAUUAUUUGACAUACUUUUCGCCGCAGCGAAGCGCUUUAUGAAGCCCAAAUUGCUCCAAAGGGUUCGUCUCCUAGGACACGACUUGGAAAAGUUACAUAGUCUGCUUCCUGCGGACGUAAUACCCAAGGAGGCCGGUGGAACGCUCGAAUUGUACGAUUACGACAAACUCGAGAAGGACCUGCAAAGUAAAGCGAAGUUCUUCGAUGACAUCAGCCGCUACGGCUACCGCAACAAGCCAGGCCGACGUAACAGAUGCUGUGAAGUCGUUGCGAUCCCAUUAAGGAAUUUUCGGAUGUCUUGCGUCGCGGUGACCCAAAGUAGCGAAGAAAGCGAGGACAUCGUCGACACCGUGCCAAUGGCAAACGGAACGAAUGGCAUGGAAUGUGAAGCCUUUAACAACUGGAAGUGCUCAAGCUAUCUCGCCCAAGAGGAUGUAACGGAAACGCCUGAAAUAAGACAGAAAGCUCUGAAACGGCUGCGUGAGCUCAUUGCAGGUGAACGACAUCUCCACAUGACUGCGGACGACGAAGUCCUCCUGAAGUUUUUGCGAGCCCGGAAGUUCAGCGCGGACCGAGCUUUCAAGGUCGUCAAGAACUACUUCAAAGUCCGGCGAGACAAUCCACAGAUGCUGGAUGACCUCAGUCCAAGCCGCAUUCCAUUCGACAGCGCCUGCCGAAAGCACGGACUGGUGACGGUGUCUCGCAGCAGCGAUCCCCUCGGACGGGGCGCUGUGAUACUCAGAUUCGGAGCCUGGAACACAGAUGUGUGCUCGCUGAACGACUACUUCAGAGUAUGCAUAGUGCAUGCCAUGCACCUUAUCCAUCAGGAACAGUUCCAAGUCAAAGGCGUCGUUGUAGUCUUAGACCUGAAGGGUCUCGGCGUCUACCAUGUGGCCCAUUACACACCGUAUAACAUACGAACGUUCUUCAGUCUCGUACAGGACUGCUUUCCCCUGCGGAUCAAAGGAGUGUACAUCAUUAACAGUCCGGCGAUAUUUGAGCUCUUCUUCGCUAUCGCCAAGUGUUUCAUGAAGGCGAAACUGAUGCGAAGGAUACGCUUCAUCGGCAACAUCGACAAACUGCACGGCCUCGUUCCUGAUGACGUCAUUCCAGAGGAGCUCGGAGGCACGAACGAAAGCUACGACUACGACGUCAUGGAGGAGGAUCUGCUACAGGAGGAGGAAUUUUUCCGAAACGUGAACUCUUACGGGUAUCGGAAGAAGUCAAAGACAAUGUUUGAACACAGUGUCGUACGAGACAUAUAGAAUGCUUUUAACGGAUGCGUACAUUAUGAAUAUAGAGCUGGAUUUGGCAAAGGCGACUUAGUGAACGAUCAACUUUAGGAAAAAACGUGAACACACUGCCUUGUAGUUGCUAAAGCACUGGACUAAGUCAUCUCUGAUCUCUGUGAACUUCAUUGUGAUAUGCACACACUUAGCUGAAAAAAAGUUAGAGCAAACUCAUAGCUAGCCACAUUUCGUUGCUGACGACAGUCGAAAAGAAAACAUGGCACCUCUCGGUUUGUACAGAUCUUAGUAUUCGCAAUUUGACCACUAUCGUGAAUAAGAGACCUGCACGUAUGCCGAAACGCUUUUUUUUGUUUUUUUUUUAUAUUGGUCCGUGACCUGUUCUACUAAUCAAGACUGACCUGGCGGUGUUCCGUCGAACUGUUUACUAUUCAAAUAGUUACGUGACUAGAGUAAUCUUGUGUUGACCGCAAUCUCUGUAGUAACCACAGAAAACAAGCAAGAGAAAAUGUACUGUAGUCAUCGAGGGGUACACAUUUCUGAGAUAGCUGCCUUGAUACUGCUGCGAGCAUAGUGCGCAAGUGGUGCGCACUAUUGCCACAGCAAUAACAUUAUGGUCAUACCAGUCAGAACUAGAAUGGUCUCUCUUAAUAGCGUUCAUCGGAAAUUGGAGUUACACAUCUGGCCAAGCAAAUACAAUAAAUUCGUCUUUUAUCCGUUAAUCCACGGCACUCCUCUGAAAUGCAGCUUCGUGGCAACUCCAAGUGCAACAUGAAGUGCGAACCACGCCUCAUUCCUUAGAAGCAUUUAACGCUGUCAGAAGGCUGGCUCAUCCUUAUCAAAAGCCACUGCACAGAACAAUAUUAGUAGGUUGCAAUAAACGUCUGUUUCGUACAUAUCCUACUAAUUUGGAGCUGGAGUUUGCACGUCUCUUCAGAAGGUCGCAUUAUACGGUUACCUUUAUGAAAACUCACUUAAGUGAACGUUAUAGGAAGGAUGGUAUUUCGUAUCCACGUUUAAGGACGUUGAGCCUUCGUUUCUUCGUUUCUUUAUUAACCUGUAAUCAUUAUUAAUAUGAGAGGCAGCUUGGGCAACAAAGCCGACGAGGCACGACCUUCAGGCUCCUUUUCCUUUCGAUCAGCGUGCACUUUAGUUCCAUGCAUUCACUUUUUUGUCCAACAAUACGGUUAACAAACGCCGUGUAACUAUGACUACUUAUCAUUCGCAAACGCUUUCAUUUUUUACGAAAACCUGUCAAUUUCAUUAAAUGCAUUAAGAUUUCCCCAAAACUUUCCUUUUUUUUUCUUAAUUCAGGAGGAU